AGUGGUGUCUUCUUAGUUUCUACACUCCCUAUACUAACUCCCUUUAGGGCCUCAUCGUCACUAAAUCAAAUGAACAUUUUAACAUUAACAUUCACUGACUGAUGUUCUCAUAUGUGAGCUUUGGCGCGCGCCGGAAUGCACGCACUAGGUUCCCCACAGCGCGCGUGGUGCGCAUCAACCAGCAGACGGCCGGGAGCAGACAGGCGGAGUGGUGCGUACUCCUCCUCUCUGAGCUCACAACCCGGAGGAGACAGGCGGAGUGGUGCAUCCUCCUCAUCCUCCUCCUCUGAGCACACACACCGGUGAGGCUCGGAUGCAUGCGUAACACCCAGACACCGAGUUUGGAGCACGGUGAGACAACGGACGGCGCCAUGGCUUGCUAUAACACUUUUCUGUUGAAGACGGACAAUGUGGAGAAGAAGAUCAUCAUGUGGGGUUUCCCGAGGACACGGUACACUAACUGCAACGGAUCGUCCGGGGCAAGCGAGCAGACCGAGGUUGUGGUUAACAUAGGGGGAGUUAAACAGGUGUUGUACGGGGAUGUGCUGACCCGCUUCCCGGAGACCCGUCUGGCAGGGAUCGUGGAGAGUUCCUCUGCGGGUUCUGAGGACCUCUCCUCACUGUGUGACGACUACGACCCGGACUCCAGGGAGUUAUACUUCGACCGAGACCCCGAUGCGUUCAAGUGCAUCAUGGAGCUAUAUUACUACGGGGAGAUCCACAUGAAGCGAGGCAUCUGCCCCAUCUGCUUCAUGAAGGAGAUGGAGUUCUGGAAGAUAGACCCCGACUAUCUGGAUGAGUGCUGCAAGAGCAACCUGAGCGACGUGGAGAACGAGCUGGCGGAGAUCGCGGAGAAAGUGAAAACCAUCCUGGUGGACCGAGAUGGGGACCCGUCGGGCACCGGCUGGCAGCGCAUACAGACCAUCCUGUGGAGGCUCAUGGAAAAGCCCGAGUCCUCGCUCCCCGCGCGCACCAUAGCCAUCGCGUCCUUCUUCUUCAUCCUGGUCUCCUCCGUUGUCAUGUGCGUGGGCACCCUGCCCGACGUGCAGAUAGAGAACGCGGAGGGGAACCUCACGGAGCACCCCACGCUGGAGCUGAUCGAGACCCUGUGCAUCGGCUGGUUCACCGUGGAGUACGUACUGCGUCUGAUCUCCUCCCCCAACAAAGUCAAGUUCGUCCUGUCGUUCAUGAACAUCAUCGACUUCAUGGCCAUCAUGCCGUUCUUCGUAGUGUGGACUUUAACAUCUCUCGGCACAGCCAUGAUGGAGCUGGCCAACGUGCAACAGGCGGUGCAGGCUUUGCGCAUCAUGCGCAUUGCGCGGAUCUUCAAGCUGGCGCGCCACUCGUCGGGCCUGCAGACCCUCACGUCGGCGCUGAAGAGCAGCUUCAAGGAGCUGGGCCUACUGCUGAUGUACAUGGGCGUGGGGGUGUUCCUGUUCUCCGCGCUGGGCUACACCAUGGAGCAAAGUCACCCGGACACCUUGUUCACUAGCAUCCCUCAGUCCUUCUGGUGGGCCGUCAUCACCAUGACGACGGUGGGCUACGGUGACGUGUACCCCAAGACCACCCUGGGUCGGUGCAACGCGGCGGUCAGCUUCCUUUGCGGGGUCAUCGCCAUAGCGCUGCCAAUCCACCCCAUCAUCAACAACUUCGUUAUCUUCUACAACAAGCAACAGGUGCUUGAGACCGCGGCUAAGCACGAGCUGGAGCUGAUGGCGCUGCGCACCAGCGACGACCACCUGAUGGCGGGGUCGCGGUGCUCUCAGGGGUCCGCCGCGGGGUCGGAGAUCUGGGACAGGCCUUUGACUUCUGCUCACAGCGAGGCCCACGCGCCCUUAGGUAAAACAGCAUGCGCAAAGGGAGGGAUGGAGUCUGCGGAAUGAACAUGAGUUUGAACCCGUGGCACAGAGGAAACUAAAAACACAUAUCGGAUUAACCAAGGACUUCACCCGUGUUGCUGUUUAUGCCUGAGUACAUAACGCAUCGGCGGCCUAGAGUUUGUGUGUGUGCAGUCCUGCAGUAUUCGCUUGUCUUGCUUGUAUAGCCGAUUGAAUGAAAAGGAUCAACUAGGAAAGGUGGCGGGUCGGCACUUUAAAUUGAGGUCGCGCCUAUCAAUGACAUGUUCAAAGAGACAGAUUGACUAAAUGAAUAGCAGGUUUUUUGCGCACAAACUCAAGUAGGCCGUGGAGAUGAGACUGGUGGAGCGCGUGCGCUUGCCGCAAUCUGUAUUGCGGUGAUCCGCCGUCCGCGCUUAUAUAACCGACCCGUCCACAUAACCAAACUGUAACGCAUAAAUCAUACGUCUCUGGAGGAGUGGAGGGUAUGUGUUUGCGUGUGUUCGUGUGCGCGGUUGUGUGUGUGUGUGUGUGUGUGUGUGUGUGUGUGUGUGUGUGUGUGUGUGUGUGUGUGUGUGUGUGUGUGUGUGUGUGUGUGCGCGUGUGUGCGUGUGAUAUUUUAUUGCAUUGCUUUUUUUUCACGUCAGUCAUUCGUUCAGAUUAGUAAAUAAAAGCGUCAUGGCACAUUCCUUAUGGGCAAAUGAUGUUAUAUCCUAUGGUAACAUUUGUAACAGACCAUAUCAAAUGACCCCUGGCCCCUGCUUGACCGGGGUGGAAUGGAAAACUGUCCCACCAUAGUCACACACAGCCUGCAUCACUAUUGGAGAAAGUAUUACUACUUUGUCUGGGGGGGAAAUAUUAUUCAGUGUUGCAGAAAAAUGUGCCAGGAUGGGCUUCCAUUUUGCAUCUUCUAUUUUCAAGCAGCUUGCAGAUCUCUCUCUCUCUCUCUUCUCUCUCUCUCUCUCUCUCUCUCUCUCUCUCUCUC